GUGUGAUGUGGAUGUAAGGGACUAACGUCGAGGUGUGGGGUGUGGUGAUCUUGGUGUGGGCGGGAUGGGGCUGGCGCUGGAUGGGAUGAGAUGGGGGCGGGAAUUGUUGGGGGGCGGGCUGUGGUGGUGCGACCGGACGCGGCGGUCGGAUCGACAGAUGAAAAGAACGCCAGCAUCAAGGCUACUGUCCGCGGCAAGGUGACGGAGUUCAUGGGCCGAGCAGAGGAGCUGAAAAAGAGUUUGGCAGCUGCGGGUGCGGCGCGGUCGGCAAAGAAGCAAAGCGAGGCAGUGGCUGGCGCGUCGGCGGCCAACGAGUACGUGUCGCGGCUGCGGCAGCAGCUGCGCGAUAUCGUGAUGGUGGAGAAGCCCAACGUGCGGAUGUCCGACGUGGCCGGCCUUGCCGAUGCCAAGCAGGCGAUCGAGGAGGCGGUUAUCAUGCCGGCAAAGUUCCCGCAGCUGUUCUCAGGCGAUACCAAGCGGCGGCCAUGGAAGGGGAUCCUGCUGUACGGCGCGCCUGGGACAGGCAAAUCGUUCCUGGCCAAGGCUGUGGCGUCCGAGGUUGAUGCCACGUUCAUGUCGGUCUCGUCGGCCGACAUCAUCUCCAAGUGGCAGGGCGAGUCGGAGAAGCUCAUCCGCGAGCUGUUUAAGAUGGCGCUCGAGUCCAAGCCGGCCAUUGUGUUUAUCGACGAGGUUGACUCGCUUGCCGGCAAGCGCAAGGACGACGAGCGGCCGGCGACGCGGCGGGUCAAGAACGAGUUCUUGUCCGCAUGCAGGAGCUUCGCGACUCGGAGGGCGUCCUUGUCCUCGCGGCCACCAACCGGCCAAUGGAUCUCGAUCCGGCUGUUCUGCGGCGGUUUGACAAGCGCAUCUACAUCCCGCUGCCGGACGAGGAAGUCCGACGGGCUAUGCUCCGCAUUCAUAUGGGCGACGAGGCCGAGGCCCUGACCGAGGAGCAGUGGCGCGAUGUCGUGAUGGCGACAGCGGGCUUUUCUGGGUCGGACAUUGCCAAUCUUGUCCGCGACACGCUCAUGGUCCCGGUCCGCCGCGCCGUACGCGCCACCCACUUUAAGCGGGUAGCCAAGGACGAUGGCUCGACCGGCCUCGUCGCGUGCGACCCGAGCGAGACCGGAGCCGUCCCCAUGUCGUUGUUCGAGAUGGAAGAUCCGACUGAGCUUGUUGUUCCAGCCAUCACCCUCGACGCCUUUGAGCAGGGCCUCUCACACAUCCGCCCCUCGGUCGGCGAUGUCGAGCUGGACAAGCUUCACGCGUGGACGGCCAAGUACGCGCCGCGGCAGCGGCGGCCGUCGAUGGAACACUCUGUCUCGGACGACGACAUCGAAGCCGAUGGCGAUGCCGGCGCC